CCAUGUUCCGUGUUUAGGAACAGCCAAUCCAACAAACAAACAAACGGAAACCCCCCGACACGCCCCCAACAGACCGGACGCCGACGCCGAUCCUCUGAAACUUCCGCCUUUUUUUUCCUUCCCAAUCCGCGGUGUGAUUCUUCCUCCCCUCCCCGCGCUGCCUCCCUGAUUUCUUUUCUCCCCACACCCGCCGGAUUCGCCCCCUUCCUUGCGCUCCUCAGCCGUCAUCCUCCCCCAACCGAAAUCCUCUUCGGCGGCGGCGGCGGCGAGCCAGGCCGGCUGGUGCUCUGCUGCCCGCGGGCCGGUAAGGAACCCUAGCUUGACAGCAGAUCGUCUCUCCCCCUAUUGCUCCGGCAGUUCGAGCUACCGAGAACCGAGCCCUCCCCCCUCUCCGUGCAGGCGGCGGCCGAUUCGUCUGGCGCGGGUUCGGUCGGGCGGCGCCGUCUUCUCCGCCAAUCGAGAUCGAUCUGGGCUCUGACGGCAGCCCCUCGCGAGCUGCUGCCCGGCCGCGGGCGUCGUCGGGGACAUGAAGGCCGCGCCGCUGCCUCGCACGAGAGCGGCAGCUUCUCCGAGGCGACGCGUCUGGAUACUCGCCGUCGCGGCCCUCGUCUCCAUCGUGGUGGUCUGGGCCUACCACUACCCGCCCCAGCAUUACGCCUCUCCCGUCAGCAACUGGCUCCCAGUGGAGCCCGACAGGGAGCUGACCGACGACGAGAGGGCCUCGCGCGUUGUCUUCGGCCACAUGCUCUCCACGCCGCCCGUUCGGUCCAGGGGGUCCAAGAUUGCCUUCAUGUUCCUCACUCCGGGCAACUUGCCGUUUGAAAAACUAUGGGAGAAAUUCUUCGAGGGUCAUGAGGGAAGAUAUACCAUAUAUGUUCACGCCUCGAGGGAGAAGCCAGAACAUGUCAGUCGCUUAUUUAUUGGUCGAGAUAUACACAGUGACAAGGUACAGUGGGGUCAGAUUUCUAUGGUUGAUGCUGAGAGGAGGUUGUUGGCGAAUGCUCUGCAAGACAUUGACAACCAGCAUUUUGUGUUGCUUUCUGACAGCUGCGUACCUUUGCACAAUUUUGACUACGUGUAUGACUACCUGAUGGGAACAAAUCUCAGUUUUAUUGACUCCUUCUAUGAUCCUGGACCGCACGGAAAUUUUAGAUAUUCGCAAAAUAUGUUACCUGAGGUUAGAGAGUCCGACUUCAGGAAGGGUUCACAGUGGUUCUCAGUCAAGCGGCAACAUGCAUUGAUGACAAUCGUGGACAGUCUUUACUAUACAAAGUUCAAGCUUUAUUGUAAGCCAGGAAUGGAAGGUGGACGCAAUUGCUAUGCAGAUGAGCAUUAUAUGCCAACACUAUUCAAUAUGAUGGAUCCAAAUGGAAUAGCGAAUUGGUCCGUAACUCAUGUUGAUUGGUCAGAAGGAAAGUGGCAUCCAAAAGCUUAUCGGGCACAAGAUGUCACUUAUGGGCUCCUGAAGAAUAUAACUUCAAUUGACAUGAGCCACCAUGUUACAAGCGAUAUCAAGAAAGUGGUUACACAGAACCCUUGCUUAUGGAAUGGAGUGAAGAAACCAUGCUACCUGUUCGCAAGGAAGUUCUACCCUGAGUCCAUGAACAAUCUCAUGUACUUAUUCUCGAAUUACACCCUCUUUUGAGUGUGCUGUGCUCAUCCCACAUACUACAGGAAUUUACAGGAGAUAUUUUUGCUAUAGAAACAUGUGUACAUUUGGAAGGACAUUAGAUCUAUUGACAAAUUGGUGGAUAUAGAAGAAAUACGGAGGAGAAGGCAUUCGCUGCAGUAAUUGAGGGGUUCCCAAUCCCAUCUCCAUCUCAGGCCAUUUUAACUCACUCCAGGACAUCACAUAUUUAGGACGACCAUGUCUUUUUACUAGUUUCUUUACAGAUUUUUAGUCACAGAUUCUGUGAUGUAUAGUAAGAUUACUGUAAUUCGGAAAAGCCAUUAGAUGAUGUCCAUUAUUGGUUAUACUAAUACCACUGAGUCUGCUCAAAGUUUCGUCGUAUCA